AAUUCCAACCGGAGGGAAAAUUCAGAUUUCAGAAAACAGCGACCAAUAGCCCCCCGGAGGCAGUAUCGCAGGAAGAAGAGAUUCGCAGGUCCAAGGGGAAGGAGAAGCAGAGAAGGUCAUAUAGCCCAAAACUUCCAAAUUAAUGAAAGGCAAGGGAUAACAUUGUUCAUAUUAGCAUUUUUCUUGUGAUAUGCCUCGCUCAUGGGCUCGAGCUCUUUCUGCAAGAAACUCCCAUCACCACUAUGUUGGGAUUUUAUCUAGAAUAGCAUCCUUGCAUGCCUAUUGCACUAAGCCCUGUAAAGGUGAAGCUAAGGUGUUUCCAUUUUCUAGUGGCAGCUCCUCUCAAGCAAAAUGUGGUUUAUCCUCUUGUCAUUUCACAAGACAUGACAUUGAAACAGCUACUUUGGAUUCAAGAUGUUAUGAAUUGUUCCCUCUAGCACACCCAGUUGCUUUCACCAAUGUCAGAAAAUUAUGUACUGUUUCGACGGCAGAAACGAAAGACAAAUGGUCAGAUUUUGGUUUCUCACCUGACGAUACAAAUAGCCAAGUAGAAUUCAGUGGUGACAGCGAUUCUAUGACUGAUGCUCAUGAGCAAAAAGUUGUAUUUUCCACAGCAGAAUCAGUUGAUUUCACUAAGAUCGCAAUUGGCAAACUUCCAACUGUUCUUAUAGUGGGUCGCCCUAAUGUUGGCAAGUCUGCACUGUUUAAUCGGCUGAUACGAAGGAGGGAAGCCCUUGUGUACAACACACCUGCUGACCAUGUUACUCGUGAUAUACGAGAUGGGGUUGCCAAAUUGGGCGAUUUGCGUUUCAUGGUGUUGGAUUCUGCUGGCUUAGAGGCAGAAGCAACGGCUGGUUCAGUUCUUCAAAGAACUGCAGAAAUGACUGGGAAUGUGCUGGCAAGAUCUCAGUUUGCACUAUUCAUGAUUGAUGCACGAGAAGGACUGCAGCCGAUGGAUAUUGAUGUUGGAAAGUGGUUGAGGAAGCAUGCUUCGGAAAUUAAGAUUAUUGUGGUUAUGAAUAAAGCUGAAGCACUCGCUGAGAGUGAUGGCUCUCUUGCUGCUGCUGCAGGUGAGGCCUAUAGAUUAGGAUUUGGGGAUCCUAUUGCUGUAUCUGCUGAAACUGGAUUUGGCAUGGCUGAGCUUCAUGAAACACUUCGACCAUUACUUCAGGAAUACGUGCUGAAAAACUUAAAUGACGACGAUAAUCACGAGAAAGGAUCCUCUAAGGGAAUGGAAGCCAAAUUGCCAUUACAGUUGGCAAUUGUAGGACGACCAAAUGUUGGAAAAUCAACACUGUUGAAUGCAAUAUUACAAGAAGACCGUGUAUUGGUUGGGCCAGAAGCUGGGUUGACUAGAGAUUCGAUCCGUGCACAAUUUCAUUAUGAUGGGCGGACUAUUUAUUUGGUUGACACUGCGGGUUGGUUGGACAGGACAAAGCAGAAGGGACCAUCAUCUUUGAGUAUAGUGCAAUCAAGGAAACAUCUUAUGCGUGCUCACAUAGUCGCACUGGUCCUUGAUGCUGAGGAGGUUGCUAAAGAUAGGCGGAGUAUGAAACAUGUUGAAGUGCUUAUUGCACGAAGAGCUGUGGAGGAAGGGCGGGGUUUGGUCGUGAUUGUGAACAAGAUGGAUCUUCUCAGGGGGAAACAAAAAUCAAAACUAUACCAGAGUGUAAUCAGAGCUGUUCCUGAAGAAAUUCAGACAGUAAUACCACAGAUAACAGGAAUACCUGUUGUGUUUGUUUCAGCACUUGAAGGAAUGGGGCGAAUGGCUGUAAUGCGCCAGGUCGUUGAAACCUAUGAAAAGUGGUGUCUAAGAUUGUCCACUGCUCGACUCAACCGCUGGCUAAUCAAGGUGAUGAGCAGACAUUCUUGGAAAGAUCAUGCAGCUCAACCCAAGAUUAAGUACUUCACUCAGGUGAAAGCUAGACCACCAACUUUUGUAGCCUUUGUAAGCGGGAAAACACAGCUCUCCGAUACAGAUCUGAGGUUCCUAACCAAAUCCUUGAAGGAGGACUUUGAUUUGGGUGGAAUUCCAGUUCGGAUAUUGCAGCGGACAGUAGAGAAAAAUUCUGCGAAUAGUAAAAGAUUCAAAAAGAACAUGCAGUCUACGGGGAAAGUAGUCGAAAGGGCAGUUUCGGACAAAAGAAUCAUUCUACCCUUAGAAAACAGCACCCCAACACCGACUUGAGGUAAACUAUCAUAAUAUGUUUGUACAUUUUUCUCUGUAUAUGUAGUGCUUGAUAUGGUUGGAUUUUGAAUUGCAGGUUUCAUUAUGUAGUUGCAUACUGACUGUCAAUGGCCUGAGUUUUUUGUUUCCAAAUGUGUAUUAUUAAAACAUAGGGCUCAGCAAAUGAUGGGUUUCCUUUCAUUUAGUCACUUUUGAAGCCACUUUGCCAAUAUCCUA